UCGUCACCGGCACCUUCAUCGAGAAGUACGACCCCACCAUCGAGGAUUUCUACCGCAAGGAGAUCGAGGUGGACUCGUCCCCCUCGGUGCUGGAGAUCCUGGACACGGCGGGCACCGAGCAGUUCGCUUCCAUGCGCGACCUCUACAUCAAGAACGGGCAGGGCUUCAUCCUGGUCUACAGCCUGGUGAACCAGCAGAGCUUCCAGGACAUCAAGCCGAUGAGAGACCAGAUUGUCCGGGUGAAGAGAUACGAGAAGGUUCCUCUGAUCCUAGUGGGGAAUAAAGUGGAUCUGGAGUCGGAGAGGGAGGUCUUAUCUGCAGAAGGCAGAGCCCUGGCUCAGGAGUGGGGCUGUCCCUUCAUGGAGACAUCAGCCAAGAGCAAAACCAUGGUGGAUGAACUGUUUGCUGAGAUCGUCAGGCAAAUGAACUAUGCCUCCCUGCCUGAGAAGCAGGAUCAGUGUUGUACAACUUGCAUUGUCCAGUGAGAGAAAUCAAGAAAAACCUCAAUCAUGGCCAUACAGAGCAGAUAAAACUCAGAGGAAACUUGCACAGAUGCUGCUUUGGAGAACUUUCAGCCCAGGUUGCAGAGCUGAGCCUUGGUAAACCUGUCUGUAUUACAGCACAUUGCCAUACAUCUAAGUGCAUAAGGUUGGUGGCCUCCAGGAUCCACACACCUUACUCAGAAUGCUUAGCAUGUUUACCAUAAGUUUAAAAAUCUGUUCUUUAUCUAUCAGUCCUUUUAUAGCUUUCUAAGUUCAUAUAAUGGCUAAUAUGCAAGAGUUCAUUUUUAAUAUUUUAAUUGAUUUCUUUAAUCAAUUUCUGAACUUGUAUUUAUUAAAUACUUAAACUCAGUAUUACCUACUCAAUGCCUUUUAAAAGAAGAGAGUUUUAAUGGAGAAUAAAUUGAGCCUUAAACAAAUGGUUACUUCUGUAUAUUACCUCGCAUCAGUGCUUCUUUCUGUUUGCAAAGUUUUCUCCUACAAAUGUGGUUGGUCAUUCUUUGAGACUUCGUGUUUACAUGUGACAAUGUCAUGAGAAGAUACUGAAGGCACCUCUGUUGCAUGGAUGUAGUAUCCCUUUUCUUGGCAAAUGCAGCUGUGAUCCUGCCAGUGGUCUGACUUGACUGCAGGGAUUACUUGGAAUGGGAUAUUAAGUCUCCAGCUGAUGUUUCUUUCCUUGCAGUCGUGGGUUUCUUCAAUUCAUUUAAUCAAAAAUGACAAUUGUAGCAUUGAGAAAUGGCAGCACACUUUUCCUUCUGCUGAGUUCCUGAACUUGCUCGUUUACAAAUAGCUUCUUUAUGCCUUUGAAAAGGGAUAAUGUAUCCUUCAAAAUGGGCUGGAUGCCUGGUCAGCCAGCUCAGCUUUGCCUGGCACAUUGAGACAUCUAGUAGACCUCUGCACAUGUAAAUCUAAUGCAAAUAAGAUCACUUUACAUUUUAUAGUUCCUAAGAUUUGUCUUUCUGAAUAAUAUUUCAAAGCAAUAUUUGUUAAAGUUUUCUUGCACUGUCACAAAUUGCUUUUUAGUUGUUGUUUUUGUUGGGUUUUUUUCCCAAUAAGUUUAAUAUUAGAGACAAGUUGGUGUAACAAGGGGAAAAGCACCAGGUUCCAGUGAUACUAACUGCAAGUGUGCUUUAAACAGCCAUUGCCUUCCUUAUUGUUUACCUGAUCAACAUUUUCUCUGAAUACUUGAAAAUUUUAACAAUAACACAGGUAUAAAGAGCAGAAUAAAAAUGUACAAAGAACAGAUGAGAUCUUUUUUUCUUCAGUUUUAUUAACACAUUGCAUACAUAAGAGCUUUUUCUAGCAGUGGUUUAAGAUGUGUACUUUUUUUUUUUUGCAGAAAUUUAAUAACUGCAGCUCACCUACUGCACCAAAGUUCUAGGUUUUUAGGAGCCCAGCUUUAGUCAUUUGAACAUGCUUCUAGAAAUGUACAUUUUAUUUUUUUUUUCCCUGUGAUAGCUAAAUAACUUUGAGAAAAGCUCCAGUAAAAGCAGUGAUGGAUAUAUGAGGUUAAGCAGUUGAAAACUCACCAAAUUGUAUUGUGGAUGAUGGCAUUUAAACCAAUAAAAGAUCACCAGAACAGUAUCUCAACAUUAUAAUGUGUUUUACUGGUAAUACUGCAGGCUGACUUAACAGUGUUAGCAGAAAUAAAAGAUUCUGAGUCUACAUUCAGUGUUGAAUUUGAAUCCUGAGAAGAAAGAGGACACCAGGUUUUCUGCUUGGGUAUCAAAACACCUGAUUUUAUUUUUCUUUUUUCCUGUGGGGUUA